CAGAACGUUCCAGUUUCCUUUCCUCCCACCAUUUCGACGAGUUCUUGGACCUUUUCUAAAACCCUAAAUCCCCAAAUCAAAAAAAUCCCAGAUUAGGAAUUAGGGUUUGGAAAUUGGAGCAAAGAUCAGAAAACCAGUCGAAAUCCCAGAUGGCUUAUCGACCUUCGUUUCCAGAGGACCACAACAACAACAACAGCAACAACAACGAUGGAGGAGAAGGUAGGUUGUAUAAUCCGUAUCAAGAUUUGAACAUCCCGUACCAGACUCUGUACAGGCUUCCCACCUCGCCGGAGUUUCUGUUCCAGGAAGAAGCCAUGGCGCAGCGCCGAUCCUGGAGUGAGAAUCUGACGUAUUACACCGGCGUGGCUUACUUAGCCGGUGCCACCGGCGGAGCUUCCAUGGGUUUUGUUGACGGGGUCAAGGCCGCGGAGGCCGGUGACACGCUCAAGCUGAAGGUUAAUCGGGUUCUGAAUGCGUCGGGUCAGACGGGCCGGAGGUUGGGGAACAGGUUUGGGAUCCUCGGUUUGAUGUAUGCCGGGAUGGAGAGCGGAAUGGUGGCGUUGAGGGACACUGAUGAUGUUUAUAACAGCAUAGCGGCUGGGUUGGGGACUGGGGCGCUUUACAAGGCUGCGUCGGGGUUCAGGUCCGCGGCUGUUGCUGGAGCUGUUGGUGGAGCUGUGGUUGGUCUGAUGGUGACCGGAAAACAGGUUUUGAAGCGAUACGUGCCGAUCUGAUUCUUUUGAAACCUGUACCGUUUGUUCUGAGCUGGCUUGUUUGAGCUUGCUGAAUUGAGAUAGUAGGUUUCUCUUUUUUGUGAAUUUGUUGACAAAAUUUUGAUGAAAAUGUGUCGAGAAGGAUUCUCGUAUAUGAAUGCAGUAGUACUAUUAAUUCAUGAACCUAUCAUAAGCGUGAAAGAUGCUGAUUUAUUCAUUUGCUCGUGAAAUGACUACAUUUCGAGGAUACAUUGUAAGGUAAUUAGGUGCUGAAUAAUACCAAGUUAUCAGCUUUCAGUUCAUUAUGUUGUGAACCCUAGAAUUACGUCCAGUGCAUUUCGUUGGUGAAUGAAUACCCUGUAAAAGGGCUGCUAACACAUAAUUUUCUUUGCGAGCUUUUGAAGUUAUGUCUAUCACUUUUGGAUGUAAUUUGUUGUUACAUUUCUCCUUGUUUGUGAUGAUACUUUGAUUUAUGCUACCUUUGUCCUACGAUUGAGUUUUUGAUUGGAGCUUUUGCAAAGCUGUAGUUUUAUCCAUAAGCUGAUAUGCUUUUUUGUUCUUUUUGUGUAUGGCAAGUGUAGGAAAGUAGCAAAUUUAUCAAAAGACUUUUGCUUGAACUUCACUUCAGAUUUUUUCACCUAUAAG